AUGGGGUGUCCAAUGAGCUCCUUAACCCAAAACAACACCUACACUGUGGCUUUGGAAUGGUUGUUUAAUAGUUCCAAGUUUUUGGCUGAAGGUACUGGCUUGGAAGUCAAUUAUUUGACGGUUCAUAAACAUACUCAUGAGCAGAACAAGACUCAUUUGAUUAUUAUCACACCCUUACGAUUCAAUUCACCAAAUCUGGGAGUGGCAAUGCUACGCUUAAUAUCAAGUUUGAAAUUGGGUAUCCGCUGCUUGCUUAAUACCCGGAUGAAUUGAAAGACAACACUUUUUUAGCUCUGUAUGGGGUGGAAGGUCAUGUGGAACAAGUCCCUGAUGUGUACGAUGAUCAGCCUGUCAUAAACUCUUCUCAAACAACCACAGAGACGAUUACUACCAGUACAGGAGACAAGAAGGCUUCCACCACCCCCAAAAAUCAGGGGCAAGUCAACACACGACCUCUUUUUCUGUCUUGUAAUUUAAGCAAAAGCGAAUAUGGCAAUAAGGCCAUUAUGAAAGCG